AUGCAUCAAUCCAUAAAGCUUAUUCGUCUAUUCCCUCGUGCUUUAUUCCCAGGUCUUCGAAGCUUUUCCCUGAAAUCUGACGUUCCAGUUUCUGUUCAAUCCUCUUUAAAGAAUUCUGAUCCCAACGAUAUUUUCGAUGGGUAUACUCGAUCACGUUACAUCAAGCGUAAAUUUGUUGAUGUUUCUUAUACAGAAGAAGAUGGUAGUCUCAGAGUACGUCGUGUAGCCACUGGGCUUAUUGAUAACUCAAAUGAAUGGCUAGGUGACCAAAUGACUCGAGUCCAAAUGAAGAUAACUCACGAUUAUGAUCUCACUUUAGCAGGUUUUGCCGAACGGUCACGUAAAAGACUUCUUGCUAGGCACAAAUUGCGACAACUCAUUUCUGACGAAAUGGUUCAGAAGCGAGGAAGUUUGGACCUUGCUAUCGCUCAUAUGGUUUGUGCGCUUGGCGGCCGAGUUCAGUUUGUUGGGGGACCUCCAAAUCAUUGGCAUCAGUGCUAUAACAAAUCUCCUCCCGACUUACCCCUCUCUUCCUCUAGUGAAUUGAAGCUGGAAGCCAUUGAUUUUUCGGGCACUGCAGUAAUGUAUGAGGGUCUACUGCGACUUCCUGAACUCACUCAUUUGAGAAUGCUGAGACUGAGGAGAUGCCUCCAUCUGAAUGAUCAUGGUCUUUCCUUGGUGGGCCAGAUUACUCUGUCUCCCUUGGAGUACCUGGAUAUUAGUGAGUGCCCAAAAAUUACGGCCAAUGGAAUUACCACUCUUACAGAACUGAAGUAA